AUGGGCUCUUCAACGACGCAGACGCCAGUUCUUAUUGUAGGAGGGGGUCCCACGGGUCUCUUUCUGGCGUUGCGCCUUGCCCGAGCGGGAAUCCGGACGGUGGUGUUUGAGCAAGACACCGAGCUCUAUCCAAAACCUCGUGCUUUGGGAUACUUUGGCCCGUCACAGUUUGCUCUUCAGCACGCAGGAAUAUGGGAAGAAGUUCGAGACAAAGGCUACCUGCUCAGGGGCCUCUCCUGGAGAAAGACCACUCAACAGAUGUCUCCAGACAGCCGAAGCUGGGGUCCCCUGAUUGCUUCCUGGGACCUGACCAAAGGAUCCGCCUCGAAGGAGGGUGAAUGUGGUUACGGCAUGACGAUACUCGGACAACAUCGGUUGAGGGAGAUCAUCCUGGCCAAUCUGACCGCCUCGGGGCUUUCCCACAUCUAUUUCGGUCACAAAGUAAUCGGUGUCAGCCAGGAGGAAAAUUCGGAAAAUGUGAAUGUGACGGUCCUCGACGAGCAAGGUGGCCAGCGUUCCUUUGAGGGAUCAUAUCUGGUGGCGGCCGAUGGAGGAAAGUCUACAGUACGCAAACUGCUCGGCUUGUCCCUUGACGGAAUCACUUGGCCUCAGGUUCUAGUGGCGACGGACACUUGGGUCGACCUUCCAAUGCCCGACGACGGUCCUCCGUUUGUGUAUAUUGUGGAUCCAAUUGACUGGGCUCUGUUUAGCCCCAUACAAAGGCCGGCUGAGCAUGGACCCAGCUAUUAUCGUAUCACUGUGGCCAUGUCUCCCGACCAGUGUGAACCAGACGCUCUCGACUGGAAUCUGAGACAGAAACUGGAAAGGUUGAUUCCUGGCCCGCGACCGGCCAAGUAUGAGGUGAUACGGUCGCAGAGGUACGAUACUCAUCAGCGAAUUGUCCCAUCCAUGCUCUCUGGGAGAUGUAUGCUGAUCGGUGAUGCGGCGCAUCUGAACAAUCCCUGGGGCGGAUUGGGUCUCAGCACGGGCCUGCUUGACGCGGACUCCCUGGCCGACGCCCUAGCACUCGUCCUUAGUGAAGGUGUAUCGACAUCAAUACUUCGACGCUGGGCCGAUGCGCGAAGAGAAGUGUUUCUGAAACUUGUCAGCCCGAUCUCUUCGGCAAACAAGCUUCGCUGUCAUGAGACUGAUCCAGACAAUCCCAACACUGAUCCUUUCUUUGAGAUGCUCAGAAAGGAGGAUAAUGAGCAGGAGUUGGCGGCUUUGGUGUCGGACAUGUCAGAGAUGGCUACCGAUGUGUCGCAGUUCAUCGAGGUUCAAAGCCAGCGAUCAAACCGCUCUCACAGUCGAGCUGUUGCACUGUCCACAAUGCUCUGUGAAAUCUGCGAUCAGAUCCCAUUCGGAGAGUUACCAUCAGAAGAGCAAGACGCUUUACCGCAUCAUGCCAGCCUCGACGCCUUAGAGGCCUCGAAAGAGUCAUGCGCGAUAUGCAGGCUCAUCUGGUGGGCGGCAGGCUGCUCCUUGGUGGAUAUUGGUGGCAUGGUGGCAUUCAGACCUGGCGUGGAAUACCCUUCAGGCCGCAGAAUUAUGACACGAGAGACCGAAAGCAAUUAUAGCUCCCUAGGAAGUUUACGUGCCAUGGAGAAUGGCGCAUCCAUGUUUGACAAUUCCGGCCCAGAACCUGACCUCCGCGAACCUGCCUUUUUGGAUCCUCGCGAGCGCUUUCCAGCUGAGGAGGAGAGCAGUGGCAAGAUUCGACCAUGGCUCUUUGGCAGCUGGUACAAGUCCCCCUUCAAAGAUCGACCGCUUCAGUUGAUAGGUCUCGGUGUGAGGCUGGGCACAGGACCUAGUGUGGAAGAAGCUGAGGGCAAUAGCAACGAGGAUGUUCGCAUGAGAGGGACAUUCCUCAGGAUCCGUACAGACGACGGUACCAUAUUCCCCUACAAGACGACUAAUACUGUUCUAAUUUCCUACCAAGAUGCCGACCUGGCUAUAACAGUCCCAGGCAGGCUUCGAACGAAUCAUCAAGGUUCUGCGAUCGCUCUACAGCGAAUCAAGACGUGGUUGAAAGAUUGCAAUGCCGGCCACGACUGCAAUCGAAGUCAUUCCUGUUCAGACAAACCGUCGUCCCCACCAUUACCGACUCGAGUCCUCGACGUCAAUGGUCCAGGAGAUACUAUUCGGCUCGUGGAGACCAGUGGCCGACACGGACACUACGUAGCCCUCAGCCAUUGCUGGGGGCUCUCGCACCGCAUUACAACAACAAAGAAGACAUUUGCAGACCACUGCAAAGGUAUCUCGCUCGAUGGGUUACCGGCAACUUUCCAACAAGCUGUCACCAUUACUCGCGAGCUUGGGGUUCCCUUUCUGUGGAUUGAUUCCCUAUGCAUCAUACAGGAUGACGAUCUUGACUGGGAAAUGGAGGCUUCCAGGAUGGGCAUUGUCUACUUUGCUUCUUACCUGACACUGUCAGCUAUGAGCUCAGCAGAUGACUCCUCUGGUUGCUUUCGCGAUGGGUCGAAGCCACUGGAAGUGACCUACUCCAGACCGUACAUCUCCGUCGAUACUCUGUCCACAGGAAGACGAUGCAUACCGCUUGCGGCGCCUCUGGUGGUAGACUAUACAGGUGAUGGGGUUGUCUGCAGGACAUUCAAUAACAUGUUCGGCAUGCGUGGUACCCAGAAAUCUCGAGUGUACAUCACGCCGGAGUGGAUGCCAUCAUCUCUGAAACAGAAACCAAGGAUAUAUGUUGUUGGAAGCUUUGGGGCAACGGUCCAGCCAUUGAAGCACGAGCCGUUGAACAAGCGCGGAUGGACACUUCAGGAGCGACUGCUUUCUCCGCGAAUAUUGCACUUUGGAACCGAGGAGCUCUACUGGGAAUGUGAGCAAUAUGUGCUGGCCGAGGAUGGUGCCCUUUUGCGUAGAGAGUUUCCAACGUUAUCGAGGGUUGUCAAGUCAAUCCCAGGCUCGAAUUCCGUUGCUGACGGUUCUGUCUCUAAAUCCGGAUCGGACGACAAAGAAAGCAAUGCAACCACCUGGCCCAAUGUCUGGCUAAGUCUGGUUGAAGAAUACACUUCUCGCAACCUGACACGAGACAACGACAAGCUGCCUGCUCUGUCCGGUAUUGCGAACACUGUGGGCACUCUGACAGGGGACGACUACCUCGCUGGUCUCUGGCGCAACGAUCUUCUCCAACACCUUUGCUGGUCAAUAGAGACGUUCGAACCAACUCAUCAGUGUAGUGACCCUGCACACGACGCGGCAAUGCCUCCCCCGACCAAGUCAGAGGUGAGGUAUCCGCCGAAAUAUCGCGCACCAUCUUGGUCUUGGGCCAGCCUGGACGGCAAAGUGAAUUUCCAUCCUCUGAAUAGAAAGAAUCUGAGGGCUCGGUGUAUCUGCGCACAUGUUGAUAUUGCGGGGAAAGAUCGAUACGGCAGGGUCAAGAAAGGCUGGAUCACCUUGGAGGCCCCGCUAUACCUCCUCCAAGCCGCCAAAUCGGAUGCAAAAUAUCGCAAACUCCACCCAAUGUCGACCGAAGUGGACAUCCUUGUUGCCGGCGACACCAAGAUAGCAGCAGUGCAUGGCCGCGGCUCCGCAACCUUUGACGACAAGCCUCAUUUCCCCAGUUUCGCCCUCAUGAUCGACGGUCAGCGAGGCAUAGUCCUCAAGGCUAGAGAGCCUUGGGAGUUUGUCAGGAUUGGGACAGUUAUGUAUGGGCCCAUGCAAAGAGCCGGGAGGGCCGCUGAUGGUAAUAACACUGUGGAGGAUAACGAGUCUGCCGAGCUUGUGAAUGGUGGAGGCUACUCGGCAGCGGAAAUCACUGCACUAUCGAUAGCAAAGGGGAUGGCGCAGAAGAUCACCAUCUAUUGA